UCCUAAUUUGGCGCUGCAAACAAUAGUGGCUCCGGGCUACAGGCCACGGCGCGAGUGCUGGCGAGCGGGGCCGACGCAGGGAGCCGCUCGGGCCUAGCGCCGCGGGGCGCAGCCCCCCGGGAACCGCUGGCGUCGACGGAGGGCUCGGCUCUAACGGGCCUGCUGCCCACGUCCUGCGGGGGCCCCGCGGCCCGGUCCGACAGCCCGGCGCCGGGUUUUCCGCUGCGCCGACAUCCCCGGGGCCGCGCCCUAAGGGACCGCGCCGGGGGAUGCUCUGGGGCCCGGGGCCGCCCGGUCGCUGCGCGCGCUGGGAAGACCUAGGGUGCCCGCUCCGUCCCGCAGCCCGUGAACUCUGCGGUCCGGAGAGAGACCUUCGCCCGCAGGCUGCUGCUCUGCCCUCAGACAUCGACCCGUGAGGCACCUGCCCGGCGCGGUCUCCCCGCCAUCCCAUCAUCACCCCGGCUUUACGUGCGGCGGGGAGCCCGAUUUCACCGCCGCGGUUACUCUGGGUGUGUUUACUGCCUGCCUCUGGACUGUCCGCCCCUCAGGGGACCGACUGUGUUUUCCUGGCGCAGCACUGCGGUCCCCGCACCCAGGAUCGCGCCGGACUGAGCCACCGAGCGCAGCCCCGCGCGUAGCGGAGCCGGCGACGUUACCUCCGGCCGCUGCGGAAGGGGCGGAGCGUCGCGCUGCCCCGCCCCCCGUCUGGGCGCGGAGCCCGCCCCCGGCGGAGCCGUCCUGGCAGCCUCUCGGGCUCCUGCUGCAGCCGUUGCGAAAACCCGGAACGGCGGAUCCACGGCGCGGCGGAGCGGCGCCGCCCCUCGCGGCACCUCCCCGACAGCCCUCGGAGGCCGCGCUGGGCAUGCUCAGUCGGCAGGGCCCCUUCAGCCCUCGGAGUAGGAAGCUUGGGCGCUCGGGCUGUGAGGAGCCGCGGCGGGGGCAAAAUGGAGCCCUUCGCCAAUGAUCGGCUGCAGCUCCCCAGGAAUAUGAUUGAAAACAGCAUGUUUGAGGAAGAACCAGAUGUGGUGGAUUUAGCCAAAGAACCUUGUUUACAUCCUCUAGAGCCCGAUGAGGUGGAGUAUGAGCCGCGGGGGUCCCGCCUGCUGGUACGGGGUCUUGGUGAGCAUGAGAUGGACGAGGAGGAAGAGGACUAUGAGUCAUCCGCAAAGCUGCUGGGCAUGUCCUUCAUGAACAGGAGCUCAGGCCUCCGGAACAGCGCGGCUGGCUACAGGCAGAGCCCGGAUGGGGCUUGUUCAGUGCCCUCUGCAAGGACCAUGGUGGUCUGUGCUUUUGUCAUUGUGGUGGCUGUUUCUGUAAUCAUGGUGAUUUACCUGCUGCCCAGGUGUACCUUUACCAAAGAAGGCUGCCAUAAGAAAAACCAGUCCAUGGGACUAAUUCAGCCAAUUGCCACAAAUGGGAAGCUGUUUCCAUGGGCACAGAUGAGGCUUCCCACGACCGUUAUCCCGCUACGCUAUGAACUUAACCUACAUCCAAACCUAACCUCCAUGACAUUCAGGGGCUCGGUGACAAUUUCAAUUCAGGCUAUUCAGGCCACAUGGAACAUCAUUCUUCAUAGCACAGGCCAUAAUAUUUCAAGAGUGACCUUUAUGUCUGCGGUUUCAAGCCAAGAAAAGCAAGUUGAGAUCCUGGAGUAUCCAUUUCAUGAACAGAUUGCCAUUGUGGCCCCGGAAGCCCUCCUCGAGGGGCACAAUUACAGCUUGAGGAUAGAGUAUUCGGCAAACAUUUCCCGCUCCUACUACGGGUUUUACGGCAUCACCUACACAGACGAGAAUCGUGAGAAAAAGUACUUUGCAGCAACUCAGUUUGAACCUCUGGCAGCAAGAUCUGCUUUUCCCUGUUUUGAUGAACCAGCAUUUAAAGCCACAUUUAUCAUCAGGAUCGUAAGGGAUGCACAAUACACUGCUUUAUCAAAUAUGCCUAAGAAGUCAUCAGUGCUCGUGGAAGACGGACUUGUUCAGGACGAGUUUGCUGAGAGUGUGAAGAUGAGCACCUACCUGGUUGCCUUCAUUGUGGGCGAGAUGAAGAACCUGAGUCAGGACAUGAAUGGAACCCUGGUUUCUGUGUAUGCAGUACCAGAAAAGAUUGAUCAAGUUCACCAUGCCUUGGAAACAACUGUGAAACUGCUUGAGUUUUAUCAAAACUACUUUGAAAUUCAGUACCCACUUAAGAAAUUGGAUUUGGUGGCUAUUCCUGACUUUGAAGCAGGAGCAAUGGAAAAUUGGGGUUUGCUCACCUUCCGAGAAGAGACACUUCUGUAUGACAACAACACUUCUUCAGUGGCAGACAGAAAACUGGUCACUAAAAUCAUCGCUCAUGAGCUGGCCCAUCAGUGGUUUGGUAAUCUGGUGACAAUGCAGUGGUGGAAUGAUCUAUGGCUAAAUGAAGGUUUUGCCACCUUUAUGGAAUAUUUCUCUUUGGAAAAAAUAUUCAAAGAGCUCUCCAGUUGUGAAGAUUUCUUAGAUGCUCGAUUUAAAACCAUGAAGAAAGACUCCUUGAACGCAUCUCAUCCAAUAUCAUCAUCUGUUCAGUCUUCAGAACAAAUAGAAGAAAUGUUUGAUUCCCUCUCCUAUUUUAAGGGAGCCUCUCUCUUGUUGAUGCUGAAGACGUACCUUAGUGAGCACGUGUUUCAGCAUGUAAUUAUUCUUUACCUGCACAAUCACAGCUAUGCAUCCACCCAGAGUGACGAUCUGUGGGACAGUUUUAAUGAGGUCACAAAUGGAACAUUAGAUGUAAAGAAAAUUAUGAAAACUUGGACCCUGCAGAAAGGAUUUCCAUUAGUAACUGUUCAAAGAAAAGGAAAGCAACUUUUUGUAAAGCAAGAGAGAUUCUUUUUAAAUAUGAAGCCUGAAAUUCAGCCUUCAGAUGCAAGCUACCUUUGGCAUAUUCCACUAUCCUAUGUUACGGAUAGAAGAAAUUAUUCAGAGUAUCAGUUGGUAUCGUUACUGGACGAGAAAUCAGGUGUCAUCAAUCUUACAGAAGAAGUGCAGUGGGUCAAAGUCAAUGCGAACAUGACUGGCUAUUACAUUGUACACUACGCGGAUGAUGACUGGGAAGCACUCAUCAAACAGCUGAAAGCAGAUCCUUACGUUCUGAGUGACAAAGACCGAGCCAACCUCAUCAACAACAUUUUUGAACUUGCAGGCCUGGGCAAGGUGCCUCUUAGGAGGGCAUUCGAUUUGAUUGAUUAUCUUGGAAAUGAGACCCAUACUGCACCUAUCACGGAAGCUCUGUUCCAGACAGGCCUCAUCUAUAACCUCCUUGAAAAACUGGGGCACAUGGAUCUGGCCUCAAGACUGGUGAGCAGAGUAUUUAAAUUGCUUCAAAACCAAAUCCAACAGCAAACUUGGACAGACGAGGGCACCCCAUCCAUGCGGGAACUUCGGUCAGUCUUGCUAGAAUUUGCUUGUGCCCACAACCUGGAGAACUGCAGCGCCACAGCCAUGAAGCUGUUUGACAGUUGGGUGGCAUCAAAUGGAACUGAGAGCCUGCCUGCUGAUGUCAUGACCACUGUGUUCAAAGUGGGAGCGAAGACAGACAAAGGCUGGACGUUCCUGUUGAACAAGUACGUCUCCAUGGGCUCUGAAGCAGAGAAGAACAAAAUCCUGGAAGCUCUUGCCAGCUCAGAGGAUGUACGGAGACUUUACUGGUUGAUGAAGACUAGCCUUGAUGGAGAUAUCAUCCGAACACAAAAGCUGUCGUUUAUCAUCCGAACAGUGGGCCGGCAUUUUCCUGGACACUUGUUGGCGUGGGAUUUUGUCAAAGAGAACUGGAAUGAGCUUGUACAGAAGUUCCACCUGGGCUCCUAUACCAUACAAAGUAUUGUUGCAGGAUCAACUCACCUGUUUUCAACAAAGGCCCAUUUGUCUGAGGUGCAGGCAUUCUUUGAGAAUCAGUCGGAGGCAACCUUCCAGCUCCGUUGUGUCCGGGAGGCUUUGGAGAUCAUCCAGUUGAACAUCCAGUGGGUGAAGAAGAACCUCCAGACUCUGCGGUGGUGGCUGUAGCAUGCGCAGCCCCUCGUUUUGUCACCCGUUUGGAGAGCUUGUGAACUUGGGCUCUGCUGCUUUUGCAAAAGCCACGGUGAAGCCAGGCCCGCUGCCAAGUUGUUUGCACUGUUAGGAGUUGUAGUUAGCUCAGGGCCCGACUGUGUUUCUCAUCUGUCUUUUCUAAAGUGUCUUUGGGCAGUGUGUAGUUAUUUAUUACAAAUGUACGUUCACCUAUAUGCCAACUGUCUACAAAAAUGAUGAGUAAUUUUUCUACUUUGAAGAUACACAAAUGAGAGGGGAAACAUCAGUUUGGAAAUUCUGUUCUGUGUCUCAGUAUCCAGAAAGGUUCUGACGCAGUGAAACAAGAUCAAGUCUACCGUUAAGAGCCACCAUCUUUGCGGGCCACUGGCGCCUCAGCCAUCUGCCGCUUCUUGUUGGUAGAUGUUACUGGGCUGUGGCACCAAGUUAGCCUCCGAGAGUGGUAACCAAGACAAGGAAGCCUGCAGCUGUCCAGAACCCAUCUCAGGUGUGCAGAUCUACUUUGAUUUGGAGUUCUGAUUAACCUUUUGUUUUCUGAAGAAGUUUAAUAUCUAUAACUAUUGCUUUUUUUCUGCACAAUAGCCAGGUGCUACAGAAUUUUUAAACUUUUGUUGUACUGAAAAGCUAAAUAACAAGGCCAAAAGGUUAAAUUUUCCAAAUAGUGAACACUGUUUUUUCCAUCUUUUGUAGCAUUACAUAGGGAAUUGUUCCAAAACGAGUUGGCUUUCAUUGUUAAUUAUUUUAUUCAUGAAUGCCAAUAUUUCCCAAGUCCAUACCUCUGUCUCACUCCCUGCCAUAGACAUGCCUUAUGUUAUAGGUGAGUCUUUCUACAUUUGUGGCAAGCAUUUUGUGUACACUGGUCUUGUUCAUCAUAACUUUGAUCACGGUCACCAAGAAUGCAGUUUGUUGAAGUUGCCUUUUGUCAUCCCUGAUCAUUGAAUCAUGUGCAUGUGUGCACUUUUAUGUUUUGUGAUAAAGUAGCAUAUUGGAAGCAUAUUUUUAAACAGGGCCUUUGAGAAAUUGAAAAUUUUUAUUUGAUGUUCACCAUAGUACCUUAAAGGAACAAAGAGAAGAUGGGAUAGGAGUACCUUGAAUUCAUAUUUCUCGUGUGGUGGGCUUUGAAUUUUUUCCACUCUCAAAAAUAGUACUUUGCUUUAGUUAGAAAAAAAUCAGCUUUUCUUUUAUUGUGGCCAACUAACAUUAAAAGGAGUGGCCAAAGAAAGAAAGAAAAAAAAUGAGGGAAAAUAUCCAAAACUCUGGCAUUUUUACUCCUUCUGAAGGAGAAAUACUGUACUUGAAUUUUUGAGCUAUGCAGACUUAUACCUAGAUUGUUGUGUUUCUUUGAUUCUUAGGAGAAAAGCUUUCUUCCUAAUAAUUCUUGAGAAGUUUGUAUUUUGUUUGAAAACGGCUUCUAUGUACAUAGGAAGGAUAGUUGCCCGUUUGUGAGCACUUCAGCACUCCACAGAGUCAGACGUUGGGGGAGAGGUCACCUUUUUUUAUUCAGCAGGUAUAAAGUUAGAACUUGUGGGAUUAUGUAUAAAAUUAUAUUUUAUUUUAUUAAGAUAUUUUUAUAUAACAGAAUUUAAAAGGCUGGCAAGCUCUAAAAGAUAGCCUUCUUGUAACCCUGGUGUGUUUUCCCCUGAGUUGGUCUUUUCCAAGCACCCAUCUCUAUGUUGCACAGCAGAAACCGCAUCCUGGCCAUCACAGCUGUCUAAGGUGUCUUACUGAAACUGAGGUGUUUGUAGGGCUUUAUUCCUCUUGUGCUUGGGAAAACGAAUGAUAACUUUAGUCGAUAUUGAAAAUUAGUUUUUAUAUUUUCAAAAUGAGGGGAAAAAAAUCUACUUUUGAAGGUUUUUUUGGUUGCUGAUUUUUUACCACAUUAUAUUACUAAAUUCCACUUUGAUACAGAGUUUAAAUUUUGCUACUUCUCAAAAUCAGUUCUACCUGCCAUUCUUGACAUUGCUUCUGAAAUGUAUGUGAACUCUGCAUAUGGCAAAUCUUGUCUUGGUCUUACAUCAUUUUUGUCCUGUGAAUGUGUACGUGUGGCAUGGGGUGGGGGCAUUGCUCUAAGAUCAAAUCGUAGGUUCAAGAGAGGUAGCUCGUGACCCAUCGCCGUCUCCAUACUCACAGGCUGUUCAUUCCCAUGAUACCAGUUCCAUAACGUGUGUGGUUUUAUUUGUAGCCUUCUCCUCAGUUAUUUGUAAUUUGAACAGGCUUCAUAUCAGUUUUUCCCACAGAAUUCCAUCAUUUUUUAAUGUUAAGCUAACAUCAUUUUUAAUGUUAUGCUAACCCAUCGGCAUGGAAUGUCUUAGAACUAACCCUGAGUCAGGAGUUCAAGGUUGAAUAAGAGGCAGCACUUGCAGUGUAAUGAAUGUAAUGGUGAUUCUCCAAGUCCCUCCCCUGGCCAGCCCCACUCCCAGCCCCGCCCCAACGUUAUAUAGCCACCGAGUUUGGAGAACUCAGGCUGCAACACAAGAGUCUUGGUCUGCCAUUUCAGGGGAGCACAGAGAUUCAUGACUCUGUUGACCACUUGCUGAAGAGGUGUUCUGCCCAUUGCGCGGAGACAUUCGGCACAGCUAUAAUAUAAAAGCACAUCGUACUAGAUUACUACUAGGAAAGAUAGAAUGGGAAACCUAGAGUUGUAGAAGAAAAAUGAUGGUUACGAAACUAGGAAUUGGAGAAGUCCAGCUUGUUCUCCUAAUGUGAAGUGAUUAGAUCUGUUCCUCUCCAAGGAGUGUGAGCUUCCACUAUUUGCCUUCUUCCAUCUUGUUCUAUUUCAGUCUCAGUGAAAUUGUGUUUCAUUGUUUCCGUGUGCAUACAUUUUGUUAGUAUGUCAGCCUCCACUUACCUGCAGUUUUCUUUGCCUACCCAUUCUCACUGUGUGGGUCUGAAGGAACAGAGAACUGUCAGAAGAGUGGUGGGCACACUGCCGCUGGAGCUGUCAGUGUUACCGGGUGCCAGAGUCCUCUCUGAAUAUUGACAGCAAAUGAAAGUUAAGAGCUGAGUGUUUUGGAGAGCCUGUUACUGGGUUGGGUUUUGAGAGUCCAACCUGAAGCAUGAGAUUGCUGGACACUCAGCUAAACCCUGUCUGUGCCGUGGGCUGCAGGGAAGGUCUGUGUGUCUCGGGUGUCACCACCACGGAGACAAAGGAGUUGCAAAACCAGAUGUGGUCUGUCCAAGCUUUGAGGUCAUCACGGCAAUGUAGCUCUUCCCAACUUUGCCUCUGUGGCUUGUUUUUAUUGGAAUUAACUCUUUGUUAAAGAGUUUCCUCUCUAGCCCCAACCCCACCCCCAACUGCAUCCCCUCCCCCAGUUUCUAUUUUAUAAAACAAAGGCAUGUAUUUCUGCUAGACUUUGCAUUCAUUUACUCUGUGUCUGCCAAGUGGAAGGUGGAGGUCCAAAUGGAUGGUAUGAUCCCUCUGCUUCUCCCUUUCCUUAUUGCUCCCAUGGGCAAUAGCUAGUAGAAUCGUUGGUUGAUGUCUCUGGGUGGUUUUGGGGAAAUUUGUAACUUUAAAAUAUACAUAUGUGCUUUUUAUGUUUUUAUAUUUUAUAUGUAAAUGUCCUGAUGAAAAUGAUAUGGUAUCCUAUGAAAACCUCUCCUUUCCAUCCCAUAUUGCCCGUGUAGUCGACAGCUACAGAGUAGUUCCUUGGGGGCCUGUUCUGGAAGGGGGAGAUGGUGUCGGGGGAUAGCAGGGUAUGUUCUUCUGAAAAUGUGUCCAGAGGUUUUGCUGCUGUAUUAUAAGUGCUGUUUCUUUUUGUACUCUGUCAUCCAGGAGGUCCAGACGUGUGGCAGGUGUCCCAACAACCUUUCUCCUCCCUCCUGCACGAGCAGGAAUGGCAGUGUAGCCAUAGUGGCUGUUGUUCUUAAUCUAGACUUGGGGCCAUCCCUCCAAGGAUAUGUAAAUGACAUGCUGCUUUCUUAUGUUUCCUUGUAUACUUGUUUCUUGCACGGAUGCUUAUAUGUGUGUGUGUGUGUGUGUGUGUGUGUGUGUGUGUAUCCUUUCCCUUCUUGCCUCUUUCACAGCAGCUGCUAGCGUAGUUUGCUUCUGGGUGUGGGAGAGAGCGGGGCAUGGACUUACCGAGUAUAAAUACACUUGCUCCCACAGUAUGUUACUGACUCAUUGGUACUGUGUUGUCAUCUGGGCCUGGAAGUACCUGAUGGAAGAAAUGUGGAGGUUGGGCUCCCUACCAGCCUCCUCUUGUACCCAUCCUGGGUUGCCUGUUGCACAGUAGCAAAUAGGGUAGUUGUCACAGUAGGGUACUUAUGAGGAGGGAGGAGUUGGGAUGAGGGGAGGCAGGGACAGGUACUUAGUGUAUAUAUGUAUAUAUUUUGACGACCAUCAUGUAUUGGGUGCCCAGCUUGGAAGGGACCUGAUGAACCGUGGAGUUCCGGAUGUAUAACAAUCUCCUCCUUCCCCUCUCUCUCAUUGCCCACGUGGGCGAUAUCUUUGGAGUAGUUCAGAUGUUUUUGUUGUUGUUGUUGAAGAUGCUUUUGCUAAGGGUGGGUGGGCAGUGGUUUCAUGGUGAGGGUGUGUACUUUUAAAAUGUGUAUAACUGUUUUUGCUGCCUUUUUUUGGUCAUUUUAUCUCCUACAUGCAUUGCAUGGAUGUGUGAAGAGCAUCAGGCCCCUCCUGUCCCAGGUGUUGGCGGUGUGGUUGAGGCCUGGUGUUGCGGUUGCUGAUUGGUUUCUGGGGUUGGGGUGUGUGUGUGUGUGUGUGUGUGUGUAUGUUGCUGCUGCUGCUGCUGCUUCAGUACUUCGUUGGGUCCCUGGUAAGCACAAAGUUCUGGAUGAACAACUAUCUCCUCUCUUUUCUCUUUUUUAUCCAUAUGGGCAAUAACUGUAAAGUAGUUUAGAUUUUUUUGAAGUUUUUUUGGGGGUGGGAGGGGCCUAGGGACGAUGUAUAUAUAUACUUUUUUAAACAAGUGUACAGUUGCUGUUACUAUUGUAUUACUUCAUUUUGUACCCAGUCCUUCUCAUGAAGGUUCAGGUACUUAAUGAAACGUGAGGUCCGGAUGUAUGAAAAUCUCCUCUUUCCCCUUUCCUUAUUGCCUCUGGGGGCAAUCACUGUAGAGUAGUUAGGAUUAGUUUUUUCACUCUACCCUGCACCCACAGGGUGGUGGGGGUAUGUACUUUAAGAAGCGUAUGUAAGUGUUUUUGCUCUUUGGUGUGUGUGUGUGCUUCAUUUUGUACCUAGAGUUUUCUGUGGAUACUUAGGUACAUAAUGAAAAUUGAGGUUCAUUCUAUGAAAAAAAUCUCCCUUGCCCCCUUCCCUUGUUGCCCAUCUGGGCAAUAGCUAGUAAAGUAGUUGUUUCAGUUUGGGGUGGGGAGUGGGGGAUGGCUUGACUUGUAAUUUUUUUUUAAUGUAUGUAAAAGUUUGCUAGUUUUCUUUUAAUUCUCAACCUAGUUUUUUGUUUGGACUUGGAGGUGUCAAAUGUAAUGGGAGGUCCAGACCCAGAAGUGUAGUGAACUUUGUUUCUUUUCCUGUAGACUGUGUGCAUAGGCAGCAGUGUGCAAGCCCCACACUGUGCUCAGGUUUGUUUUUUUUGUUUGGGGGUUUUUAAUGAGUGAUGGGCUUCUUAGAGUAAAAGGCCAAAUAUGAGUUUUUGAUGUGUAUAUAUUUUUGCCCAUUGUUGGUGUUAGCUCCAUUGUGAAUUUGUUCUUUGAUUAUUUAGGUACUUAAUGAAGUUGAGAUUGACUCUAUGAAAAAUCUCCUAUACUCCCCACCCCUUGUUGCCCAGUGGGCAAUAGUAGAGUAGAUGUUUGGUUUUGGGGGGUGGGGCCUGGGUGUGUAUAUGUAUUUCUAAUGUAUAUACGUAUUUGCUAUAUUCUCUGUGCAGACUCCUAAUGAACAUGGAGGUCCAGACGUAUGAUAACUCUCCUCUGCUCCCCUUCCCUUGUUGCCUCAGGGGCAACCAUUUUAUAACGUGGGCUUGUUUGUGGGAGGGAGGGUGGGGGGGUAUUUGGGUGGGGAAUGGGUAGGGGCAAAGGAUAGCAUAUAUACUUUUUUCUGAGUGUACAUAGCUGUUUUCAUGUUGCCGGUUUUGUACCUGGUUCUUGGCACAGGUGCAGAGGUCCCUAAUGGAAACCAAGGAUCAGCAUAUGACAAAUCCCACUCUCCCUGUGCCCUUGUUGCCUGUGUAGACAAUGGCAAGUAGGAUAGUUGUGUGGUCUUUACUUCUUUGUUUUGGGGAGAUUUAUAUUUUUGGAUUUUUGGUAGGGCUGUAUCUCCUGCUUCCUUGUGUGUGUCACCUUUUGCGUAGCUGUGUAGGACCUGAUGAAGAGCGAGUGACAUACGGUGACAAACCACCUCUUCCUCUCCCACCUCGUCUGCAGUAGCUGAUGUAGUUGCUGUCUUGUGGUUAUUUCUCUUUUUCUCUAGGGUAUAUGCUGUAAGUAGUAAAUUCAUCCCUACACAUACAGUUUGCUUCUUUUCUCUUCUCUCAUUGUUUCCCUUGAAUACGCAGUCCCUUGCAGGCUGUGAGUGCACGUAACAAAAAUACAGGCCCCUGAAUCCCUGCCAUCGGGCGUGCCAGGGCGCAGUGUGGUGGUGCAAGGAACGGCACUAGGUGUGCAGCAGGUGAUGGGAGUGGACCUGGGGACCUGGAGCUGUGGAGGCCAGUCCAGUCCCACAUCUCUGUGUGGGUGCAACCGCAUGAGAGGGUGGAAAGGGACCCACUCCUACUUUGCAAAUUCGAGAAAGGCAAGAGGAUCGGAGUGAGUGAGAGUGUGUUUAAACUUCCCUGCUGACGACUUUCGGUAACUGGAAGAACUCGGAGACUUGUAAGAGGAGCUUCGUUUUGAGGCCUGGGAUGCUGGCUCAUCUGCAGAAGUCUUCCUCAGUAGCACGUUCUUGGGUAGCCCAGUAGAAAUGAUUUUCCUCCUGGGAAUGAACCUUCUGAGUCAUUGCCAUGGUUCCUAUGAAGGACGGUGUGCACCCAAAACCUAAUCCAAAAAGAACUUCAGGGACAAACCCCUGCAGCCUUUCAGCUUCCACACGUGGCAGACCAACGUGGCCCUUCCUACCCAGAGCUCUCUUGUGUGGCUGCCUCUCUUCCCUCAGUUCUCCACUAGCUGGACCAUCCUGGUCCUUUUUCCUUUGUGUCUUUAGUACCUGCACUGUUGGAUGUUACCUUCAGUUGCACUGGACAGUGGAAGGCAGUGCUGCCCCGUUAGCCUGAGCUUGUGUGCAUUUCCUGCAUCCAGAGCCAUGUGUCUGCUUUCAGCAUUCUUCUGUGCUGUUUCACGUUGUCUGGCCGUCCACCACAUGGUAAAAUGUUAGACUCCACAUUUGUCUGCACCAAAGAAAAGCAUGUGUGCACUACCCUCCCUGCGUCCUGCAAGCGUCUUGGUGUUGUGUGUGUGUUUUCACGUUUCUGAGCCUGCUGCUCCAUGCUGAAGAUUUGCCAUAUUACCGAUUUAGAGAUGCUGAGUGACAGGGCUUCCGGAAGGUUUGUAAAGAGAUGUCACUUACCCAUAUGAAACUCUCAGGAUCUAGUGUUGGAUUAGCCUGCACUUGUCUGUCACUUAUACCUGCUGCUGUAGGAAAAAAUACAGGUUUAUUAAUGACACAUUUAACUUUGAUCAAAAAUAAGAGGAAGGGGCACCUUUUUGGAGUUAGUCAUGGUCAUCAUUAGAGAGAUUUCUGAACGGUUCUUAAUUUGACAUACUUCAAAGGCAGUGAAGGCCUUGGUCUAGCGGAAUGCAAUGCUCCGGAAGCCGGCCUGCAUAAGCCAUCAGUACCAUAACACGCUCGUACACCUAUGUGUAUAUAAAAUGAGAAUGACAGCGUAAUUGGAGCGUUUUCGUUGAUCAACAAGCUCACAUGGAGACCGACCUCCAUCUCGCAGCUGUCUUGGUGAAAGCCGAGUGUUCUGUGUGGCUGUGAAGAGCAGUCUCUCUCAGCUGUCUUGGAAAGCAGGUACUUGGAAAUUGAUGAAGGUAUUACAUUUCUGUAUUUAAACCCUUUCAAUUCAUGAGUCUGAGCUUGCGGCUGGAAUCCUGAAUUUGUACCAUGAUCUGUCUUUCGUGGGCGAUUUUGCAAAUAGUAUGUAUAUAUAAUAUUGUAUGUGCAAGUCGUGUUGUUUCUCCUGUAAAGGGAAAGGCUUAUUUUUCUUUGUACUUCUGAUAACUCGUUUUGCAUAUGACCAGCACUGACUGAAAGGCAUGUGUAACUGCAGACACUGCUGCUUUUUGGGGGCGGGAGGUGGGGGAAGAAAUGAAAAUAAAAGUAUUUAAAUACUA